AUGAAGGGAGUACUGCAGAAGCCUCUAGAACCUCCUCAGCGUGGGUCCAAAAGAAACCAAACCGAAUCAAGCCGAUUAUCUGCCGGAUCGAAUUUCCGAGGGAUGGCAACCGGUAGCGAAGCUGGAAAGCCCGCGGAGGUCGUGCUGGAGUGGCCUAAGCAGGACAAAAAGAGGAUGCUGCAUGCUGUUUACCGUGUGGGAGAUCUGGACCGUACCAUUAAGUGUUACACAGAAUGCUUUGGGAUGAAGCUGUUGAGGAAAAGAGAUGUUCCUGAAGAGAAGUACACCAAUGCGUUUCUUGGGUUUGGACCUGAGGACACUAAUUUUGCACUUGAGCUGACUUACAAUUAUGGUGUUGACAAGUAUGACAUUGGAGCGGGCUUUGGACAUUUUGCCAUCGCAAAUGAGGAUGUGUACAAGCUGGCUGAGACAAUUAAAUCAUCUUCUUGUUGUAAGAUCACUCGUGAACCUGGUCCUGUCAAGGGAGGGUCCACUGUGAUUGCCUUUGCACAAGACCCAGAUGGUUACAUGUUCGAGCUUAUCCAGAGGGGUCCGACGCCUGAGCCUCUCUGUCAAGUUAUGCUUCGUGUUGGUGACCUUGAUCGGUCUAUCAUGUUCUACGAGAAGGCCCUUGGGAUGAAGCUUCUGAGGAAAAAAGAUGUGCCUCAGUACAAGUACACAAUUGCCAUGAUGGGCUAUGCCGAGGAGGAUAAGACCACUGUUCUGGAGUUGACAUACAACUAUGGUGUCACAGAAUAUAACAAGGGCAAUGCAUAUGCUCAGGUUGCUAUUGGCACUGACGAUGUGUACAAGAGUGCUGAAGCAGUUGAGCUGGUUACCAAAGAACUAGGUGGAAAGAUUCUACGGCAGCCUGGGCCACUACCGGGGCUGAACACGAAGAUCACCUCUUUCCUUGACCCCGAUGGCUGGAAAGUGGUUCUGGUGGAUCAUGCGGACUUCCUCAAGGAACUCCACUAA